UGCCAGAAUAAGAAAACGAAAUUGAUCAUGGUCCUGAAAGCAGACGAAACCGCAGUCUAAGAUAAUAUUUUUCGACUGUAUGGCUGGAUGUUACUCCGGGAUCAUCAGGUCUAAUUUCGGUACCGGUCCACACGACUCACAGAGGUCUGACUUCGGCUCUUCGUGUCUCUGCGGAACUGAAGGACCAUGUCGGCCCACAAAACAAAGAAGGUUAAAAUGGCAACUAAAUCCUGUCCCGAAUGUGACCAACAGAUUCCAGUUGCCUGCAAAUCCUGUCCAUGUGGUUAUAUAUUUAUCAGCAGAAAACUUCUAAAUGCAAAACUCAGUGAAUGUCCUUCACCAGCUAUCACAGACAAACUGGACUUCAAGCGGAGAAGAACAGAGCGCAUUCGCAGAGAGAGGAUUGGCUCUCCUCUAACCAGUGACUCAGAAAACCACAGAAGAUCCCGAGCCAACAGUCAGUCAGAUACCAUCCGUAGAGGCCGUGGUCGCCCAAAGACUGUGGGCCUGAAGAAACAGGAAGAAGAGAAAGAAAAACAAGAAAAGGAAGUGGAUGUGUACGCCAGUCUGUCUGAUGAAAAGGCAUUUGUCUUUUCUGUGGCCUUGGCUGAGAUCAACCGUAAGAUCCUGAGUCAGAGACUUAUCCUAUAGAUUAAGACCAAAGAGAAGAUCAGAACAAGAGUUGACUUAGGCUUGAGUCACAUUGAAGUCAUCUUUAAAUAGUGGAUACUUGACUUGGGAUGAAAAGGGCAAGACUCGACUUAAACUUCUCACAAAUGUUUGACCCUUGACAAUGACUUAUAAAUAUGACUUCUGAAAAUCUGUGGACUUUUAUAGUUGCGAAAAUCAUUUUACAGGUCAUAAUGGCUUGUGAAAUAACCAAAGACUGCACACCUGGCUGGAGUACAUGCUUCUCCUGCAAAAGGGAUGUUCAAAAAAAUAAAGUUUUUUUAUUUUAUUUUAUCUUUUUCUUAUGGACAACAGUAUACAUGCGGUUUAAACAGCUUUGAUUAUUGUUUGUAUGCUAGUAGUAAAGUACCAUUAACCUCUCAUUUGCUGAAAUUUAUAUCCAAUUCUAUAUAAAACAUUUUUUGUUGAAAGUCAGAUGCUCAGUAGUGUUAAUUUGAAUAUAGAACAUGAAAGAAGGUGUAUGUUUGGCACUGGUAUAGAGUAGUGAUUUGAAAAUAUUAUGAAUACAAAUCUUCAGUUGUAAUGUAAUUGAAAUGAAUCACAGAAUAUAUGUUUGAACAAACAAUGCCUUUUCAUUAUAACUGUAUUUUUAAUGCAUAAAACGUAUUUUAAAACAAUUGUCAGCCCAGUCCUCCUGACUGCAAGCCAGAAAAGUAGGCCUCCUUACACCUGGAUCUUCCCCUGGGUCUCUUCCCGGUGGGACGUGCCCAGGACACCUCAUCCCUUCAUGAUGCCUGAGCCACCUCAACUGAUUCCUCUCGACAUGAAGGAGCAGCGGCUCUACUCUGAGUCCCUCCCAGAUGACUGAGUUUCUUACCCUAUCUCUAAGGGAGAACCCAGACACCCUACUGAGAAAACUCAUUUCGGCCGCUCGUAUCCGUGACCUUGUUCUUUCAGUCAAGACCCAAAGCUCAUUGCCAUAGAUGAGGAUGGGAAUGUAGAUUGACUGGUAAGUCAAGAGAUUUACUUUUAAACUCACCUCUCUCUUCAUCAUUACAGACUGGUACAGCGCCCACUUCACUGCAGAUGCUGUAUCAAUCCAUCUAUAUCAAUGUCCCGCUCCAUUUUCUCCUCAUUCGUGAACAAGAACCCGAGUCACUUAAACUCCUCCACUUGGGGCAGGACACCCUCCUCAAUCAGAAGAAAGCACUCUACCCUUUUCCUGCUCAACAUUAUGGCUUCUGAUGUGGAGACACGAACCUCAUUCCAGCCGCUUCACAUUCGUCUGCAAACCGCUCAAGUGAAAGCUUUAGAUCAAGGUCUGAUGAAGCCAGCAACAUAACCUGCAAAAAGUAGAGACAUGAUCCAAAGGCCACCAAAAUGGAUCCCCUCAACACCUUGGCUGGUCCUUGAAAUUUUGUCAAUCAAAGUAAUGAACAGAAUCACUGACAAAGGGAAAGUUUGGCGGAGAAAAACUCACCGGAAACGAACCUGACUGAAGGCAUGUUGGUGGCAAUGCUGACCAGUUUCUGACACUGAUCAGACAGGGACCUAACAGCCUAUCUCAAAGGCCCAAUACUGGCCCAAUACCGCAUACUGCUGGAGUAACCCCACAGGACUCACUGAGAGACAAGGUCGAACACCUUCUCCAAGUCCACAAAACACAGGGUGCGUGGACAAACUCCCACGCACCCUCCCGGACUCUGCUAAUGGUGUAGAGUUGGUCCAGUCGACGAAAACCACACUACUCUUUCUAAAUCCAAGAUUCGACUAUCUGAUGGACCCUCCUCUCCAGGACCCCUGAAUAUCAGGGAGGCUUAGAGGAAAGCAUGAUUAGUUAUAAAAAUAAAUCUUAUUUGGAAAAUAUUUAUUUUAGAUGUAAAAACAAAACAAUGAAACUGUAGGUUAUUUAGUUUUUGUAAAUUUUAAUAAAAUAUUUUCA